CUAAAGCGUUGGCCAGAAAUCAGUUGAGUUGAGGCCACCAAAGGAGCAGGGACACAACCGAUCCAUCCGAUCCAACCGAUCCAUCCGCCAGAAGACCCAGAAGGACCCACGGAAGAGCCAGGAACCAGGACCCAGGACCCAGGACAAGAUGUGCGACUGUGGAUGCUAUUCGUAUUGUCUGCAUGACAGCGGGUCCUGCUACAGUCACUACCAUUCGCAUUCGCACUCGCAUUCGCAUCAUUGCUGUGCGGGAUACAAGUAUCUGAAGUGCCUCUGUCGCUAUUAUCGUCAUGUGCACUGCACCUGUUCCUGUUGGCGUCGGAAAUGCUAUCUUCUGUAAGGAGAAGGAGAAGGAGGAGGAGGAGCAGGAAGGAGGACUCCUAGAAGGAUGAGCAGCACACACCACACACACACACACACACAAAUCACAACUCAAACAACGCAAAUCACACAGAAAUCACAUGAUAAAGUCCUUUAAGUAGUUGCAUAACACUUGGCUGCAUCCAAUCGAACACAGAGGGAAGGAGAAACGAAAGGAAAGGACAGGAAAGGAAAGGAAAGGAAAGGCA